AUGGCUCUGCUGCUCGCCUGGGCUUGUGUCGCUGUGAGCGUGGGGACGGCGCUGGGGGACCAGGGAGACGGGGCGGACCUCUACUCGGAAAACAUCACCCGGAUCCUCGACAAGUUGUUGGACGGCUACGACAACAGGCUCCGGCCGGGAUUUGGAGGCGCCGUGACAGAAGUGAAGACSGACAUCUACGUGACCAGCUUCGGGCCGGUGUCCGACGUGGAGAUGGAAUACACAAUGGAUGUCUUCUUUCGUCAGACGUGGACUGAUGAGAGGUUGAAGUUUAGUGGGCCAACUGAAAUUUUGAGAUUGAACAAUUUAAUGGUCAGUAAAAUUUGGACACCAGACACAUUUUUUAGAAAUGGAAAAAAAUCAAUUGCUCACAAUAUGACAACUCCUAACAAACUUUUCAGAAUUAUGCAGAAUGGAACUAUUCUUUACACAAUGAGACUAACCAUUAAUGCUGAUUGUCCUAUGCGGUUGGUGAACUUCCCAAUGGAUGGACAUGCUUGUCCACUGAAAUUUGGAAGCUAUGCUUAUCCAAAAAGUGAAAUAAUUUAUACYUGGAAAAAAGGACCACUGCAUUCAGUAGAAGUACCACAGGAGUCUUCCAGUCUUCUCCAGUAUGACCUCAUAGGACAAACUGUAUCUAGUGAAACAAUUAAAUCUAACACAGGUGAAUAUGUAAUCAUGACAGUUUAUUUCCACUUGCAAAGGAAGAUGGGCUACUUCAUGAUACAGAUAUACACUCCAUGCAUUAUGACAGUCAUUCUUUCUCAGGUGUCUUUCUGGAUUAACAAGGAGUCUGUUCCAGCCAGGACAGUUUUUGGAGAAUAUUCACUCCAGCUGCUCUAUUUUCAUCUUCAAAGGAAAAUAGGCUACUAUCUCAUUCAGACAUACAUUCCAUGCAUCAUGACUGUAGUCCUGUCUCAAGUUGUGUUUUGGAUCAACAAAGAAUCUGUUCCAGCAAGAACCGUGGCUGGAAUCACCACAGUUCUCACAAUGACCACUUUAAGCAUCAGUGCUCGCCAUUCUCUGCCCAAGGUGUCCUAUGCCACCGCCAUGGAUUGGUUCAUAGCCGUGUGCUUUGCCUUUGUCUUCUCUGCACUUAUUGAGUUUGCAGCUGUCAACUACUUCACCAAUCUCCAGACUCAGAGAGCGAUGAGGAAGGCAGCCAGGGCAGCAGCACUGGCAGCAGCACUAUCAGCAGCAGCUACUGUACCGGCAGAGGACGAGAUUGUCUCGCAUUCUGACUCCAACUCUAACCUGAAGAAACGAGUAAACUCCAUAGCAUCUCAGGCAGAGCAGUCUCCUGAACCCAGCAUAAUAUCAAAUACUGCAUCCCAGUGUCAACCACUGUCUGUUCCUCCACCAGCCCCACCACAACCACCAGCUAUUGGAGGCGCAAGUAAAAUAGACCAGUAUUCCAGGAUCCUCUUCCCAGUGGCAUUUGCAGGAUUCAACCUGGUGUACUGGGUUGUUUACCUUUCAAAAGACACUAUGGARUUUUUUGAACCUUCKGCAAUGCAUUUUCGAAAUGACCCUCAGUCCAACUGAAGAACAGCUCAUGAUCUCAAGGA